AAAGGUCUGGAGCCGCCGGGUUUCCCCGUGUCCGCCACCUUCCCCUCUCCGCCCUCCGCGGCCGUUUCCGGGGCCGCUUGCCGGGGCCAUGAAGCCGCGGGUGUGAGUGACGAGCCGUCAGGCCGCCCCCCCCAGCCCCAGCCGGAACCCGAUCUCUAGCCCGAGACCCCGACCCCGCCCCGCCGCGGUUCCCGUCCUACCAGAAGCCUGCUGAGUAGUUAAUGCGGAAGGUAAAGAGGUUGCGCCUGGAAAGCAAGACCACUGGAAGUUGGAGAAGUUUCUCACUCAUCUCUGAGGGGGAAGAAAGGAUGACCACUGUGGAUGUGCUGCCUGAGAGGCCUGAUGUGGUGGAGAUGGAGGACCCCUCCUCGCCCUUCCAGGUGGAGAAGCACUCGUGGGAUGGGCUCCGGGACAUCAUUCACAGCAGCAGGAAGUACUCAGGCAUGAUAGUGAACAAGGCCCCACAUGACUUCCAAUUUGUCCAGAAGACAGAUGAGUCAGGCCCUCACUCUCACCGGCUUUAUUACCUCGGGAUGCCUUAUGGCAGCCGUGAGAAUUCUCUCCUUUACUCAGAAAUCCCCAAAAAGGUCCGCAAAGAGGCCCUGCUGCUGUUAUCAUGGAAGCAGAUGCUGGAUCAUUUUCAGGCUACACCGCACCAUGGCAUGUACUCCCGGGAAGAAGAACUCCUGAGGGAGCGGAAGCGUCUUGGGGUGUUUGGUAUCACCUCCUAUGACUUCCACAGUGAAAGUGGCCUCUUCCUCUUCCAGGCCAGUAAUAGCCUCUUUCAUUGCCGAGAUGGGGGCAAGAAUGGAUUCAUGGUGUCCCCCAUGAAGCCACUGGAAAUCAAAACCCAGUGUUCUGGCCCUCGGAUGGAUCCCAAGAUCUGCCCUGCUGACCCUUCCUUCUUUUCAUUCAUAAAUAACAAUGAUUUGUGGGUGGCGAACAUUGAGACUGGGGAGGAGAGACGGAUGACAUACUGUCAUAAAGGUUUGUCCAGUGUCCUGGAGGACCCCAAGUCUGCAGGGGUGGCUACCUUUGUCAUCCAGGAAGAAUUUGAUCGAUUUACAGGCUACUGGUGGUGCCCAACAGCUUCCUGGGAAGGGUCUGAAGAUCGUAAGACCCUGCGAAUCUUGUAUGAAGAAGUAGAUGAAUCAGAAGUGGAGAUCAUUCAUGUUCCCUCUCCUGCUCUGGAAGAAAGAAAAACUGAUUCCUAUCGGUAUCCCCGGACAGGCAGCAAGAACCCCAAGAUCGCUUUAAAACUGGCUGAAUUUCAGACAGAUAAUCAAGGAAAGAUUGUUUGUGCUCAGGACAAGGAGUUGGUGCAGCCAUUCAGCACGCUCUUCCCUGCGGCAGAGUACAUCGCCAGAGCCGGAUGGACACGAGAUGGCAAAUAUGCCUGGGCCAUGUUCCUGGACAGGCCUCAGCAGCGACUCCAGUUGGUUCUCCUUCCCCCGGCCCUCUUCAUCCCUGUCCCUGAGAGUGAGGAGCAGCGCCUUGAAUAUGCCAAAGCCGUCCCUGAAAACAUCCAGCCAUAUGUCGUGUAUGAAGAAGUCACAGAUGUGUGGAUAAAUGUUCAUGAUAUUUUCUAUCCUUUUCCCCAAUCGGAGGGAGAUGAAGAGAUCUGUUUUCUUCGAGCCAAUGAAUGCAAAACUGGCUUUUGCCACCUGUACAAAGUCACAGCAGUGCUAAAACCAAAUGGCUACGACUGGACCCAGCCUUUCAUUUCUGGGGAAGAUGACUUUAAAUGCCCCAUCAAAGAGGAGAUUGCCUUGACCAGUGGUGAAUGGGAGGUUUUGGCAAGGCACGGAUCUAAGAUCUGGGUGAAUGAGGAGACAAAGCUGGUGUAUUUCCAGGCCACCAAGGACACCCCCCUGGAGCACCAUCUCUACGUGGUCAGUUACGAAUCUUCUGGUGAGAUUGUGAGACUCACUACGCCGGGCUUCUCACACAGCUGCUCCAUGAGCCAGAACUUUGACAUGUUCAUCAGCCACUACAGCAACGUUAGCACCCCACCCUGUGUGCACGUCUACAAGCUGAGCGGUUCUGAAGACGACCCACUGCACAGACAGCCCAAGUUCUGGGCUAGCAUGAUGGAGGCAGCCAGUUGUCCCCCAGAUUACGUGCCUCCUGAAAUCUUUCACUUCCAUACGCAGUCUGAUGUGGAGUUGUAUGGCAUGAUCUACAAACCCCACAAUGUCCAGCCUGGAAAAAAGCAUCCAACGGUGCUCUUUGUAUACGGAGGACCUCAGGUACAACUAGUUAACAACUCUUUCAAAGGCAUUAAAUAUUUGAGGCUCAACACGUUAGCAUCUCUUGGCUAUGCUGUGGUGGUGAUCGAUGGCCGGGGCUCUUGUCAGCGAGGACUUCAGUUCGAAGGGGCUCUUAAAAACCAAAUGGGUCAGGUAGAAAUAGAGGACCAGGUGGAAGGUUUACAUUUUGUGGCUGAGAAAUAUGGGUUCAUCGACCUGAAUCGAGUUGCCAUCCACGGCUGGUCUUAUGGGGGCUUCCUGUCCCUCAUGGGGCUGAUUCACAAGCCCCAUGUGUUCAAGGUUGCCAUCGCGGGCGCCCCAGUCACGGUAUGGAUGGCCUAUGAUACUGGAUAUACAGAGCGGUACAUGGAUGUCCCGGAGAACAACCAGCAGGGUUAUGAGGCAGGCUCUGUGGCAUUGCACGUGGAGAAGCUGCCGAAUGAGCCAAAUCGCUUGUUGAUCCUCCACGGUUUCCUGGAUGAAAAUGUGCACUUUUUCCACACAAACUUCCUCGUUUCCCAGCUAAUCCGGGCUGGAAAACCCUACCAGCUGCAGAUCUACCCCAACGAGAGACACAGUAUUCGAUGCCCCGAGUCAGGAGAGCACUACGAAAUCACGCUGCUGCACUUUCUACAAGAAUACCUCUGAGCACAUGGUCUUGGCCAGACCCACCGAACACUGACAGCUCACCUCUGACCCCUAAUAGCCUUCUUAUCCAGAGCACAAAUGGCCAACAGCCCACCUCCUGGCUCCCCAUCACCUGGCCUGAGCAUGGGGAAGGGGCCAAGGAUGCUUGGAAUGGUGCCUCCUCCCUUGACUCACCCCUGUGGAAUUGCUCUCCAUUGCCAGCUGAUGCUUGUCAUUUUUUUAACGACCCUCUAUUUUGGCUCCCAUUUCUUUGAUCCCAGGACUGAAAGACAGUGGCCAGUCUCCACCAGGGCUCCCUUUCUGCAUCUUCCUUCUACCUGUUUUACAGCUGUCUGCAGGGAAUGGGAUAAAGGGCCUCCAAACGGCUGGAGUUUGUCCUGGUUAGGUGGGGGUAGGGGGUGGAGCACCCAGACCAGAGCCGAGAUGAGCGAAUUAGGAAAGCUGCCUUAAGCCAGGAGGCUGUGGCAUCCAGACUGGCCACCUGCUUUGGGUCCCGUGAGACACACCACAGCAUAGGAGCAGCCAUCUGGGACCUAGGCACGUGGUCUUUCCCUCCUUUCCCUCCUCCAUACUUGGGCUUCUUGACGAUUGGAGCUUUCACAUAGGAUUGGGCAGCCUGAGAGAUUUCUGGGGCUGUGUGAGGGGACGGCCCAACUGCUUGGGGCUGUUGGGAUGACUCAGCACACAUUCUUCUGUUCCCCAGAAUGGGCAGAACAGUGGCAGCAGGUAUCUUGGCCUCUGGACAGCUCCCCCAUCCAGGGGCUGCAGGAGUGUCAUCCAGGAUUUUUUCCUAGAUGAAAUGAAAUGAAUAUUUAUGUUUCUUGUCCUGUUUCCUCUCUGGUUCUUCUCCAUCAGCCUCCCCCCUCCCCAACACCGUUCCCUGAGCUUUCAGGCAUGCACUGAAAUAUUUGCUGUUCUUCAGUUCUCUGCAGGUCAGUGACUGUUCUCCCUCGCCAUCUCUCCUGCAAUGCAUCUCUGUUCACCUAGCUCAUGUGAAUCACGCGUCCGGGGUUGGGAAUUAGAACCAUCCCACAUCAGGGUAAACCCUUCCCUUCCCUGCCUUCCUUCCCAGCCAAGAGUUCCGCCAGGGGCGUUAAAGAAAAGUAAACGAACCACAUCUACUUUGCCCGAGUAUUUUAAGUGCGUAUUAUGAAAAGAAAAUAUUUUUGUGGAUUCUUAUUCUUUUAUAAUUAUGAGUGUAAGACGUAGCAACUCAUUAAAAACAUUACAAAUGCCAGCCUAGCAUCUGGUGGAGUGUUCUUUGAAGCGAAGAUUCAGGUGGGUUGGGCCUCUAUGUAACUGGAAAGAGUGGGGAUGCAUGUGAGCAGGUUUGGGAGAAUAACCCCGGCCUGAGCCCUCACCAAGGUGGGAGGAAUGAAUGUUGGAAUUGGAGUCAAAGGAACUGGAGCUAAAUUACAGCAUUCCCUUUGUGACCCUGGGAAAGUCACUUAACAUUCAUUCUUUGUGUCUCUACUUCUGCCUCUCUAGAACAAGGGGGCUGGACUUAAUGGUGCAAGGGUUCUUUCUAGCCUGAGAACCCAUUGAACUCUGACUAGUCAGUGACAGAUGUUGGUGACUGCUAGAGAAAGGCCCGUCUCCUGAUUCAGUGUGGACAUUUAAGGGAACAGAUUCCUCUUCUUGUUAGAGAGGGUGCUGCCUACCUAGACGUGUGCCAUCUGGAGGAGCUGCUGCCUCCAUCCGUGAACUCUACAGUGGUGACUGACCUGCUGACCUUCAAACCAACAGUGCCUUUGAUAAAGUUUUCAGAAGGGCAAAUUCUUACCCCACACAUAGGAGUGACCUAGAAGCAGUAAAAGACCUCAGAGGUCACACCAAUGAGCCCUCUCAUCUUACAGAUGUGGAAAUGGGCCCAGAGAAGGGAGAUGAGAGGGGCUCGCAAGGUCAGACAGCCAUUAAGUAGCAUUGAGUUAGGAUUUGAACCCAAGUCUUGUGACUCAACACUGGUGGAAGGCAAAAACAGGCCUGCUUUUGUAGAAGGCCUUCCCUUCUACAAUGAGGUAUCUGCCCUAUGUGCCACAAAACAUAAUGGGCAUGAUUUGAUCUGUUAGUAAGACAUUUUAUUUUAUUACAGUAAUUUGCCGUAACUGGGCUUGACUGGAGUUUUCACUUAACCAGUUGUGACAGCAAUAGAUGAAGGCAGUUCUCUUCCAGUCAUCAAACAACUUCCAAUGGUAAUCACAGAUCCAUUCAUUGAUUAGGUUAAAUUGUGGGGAAAGAGAAGAAUGCUGUCCCAGAUGUCAUGAGACCUGGGUUCUAAUGCUGACACUGACUCACUAUGUAAAUGUUUGAGGCAAGAUUCUAACUCAGUUAAGUCAAACCACCCCCGCCACCUUGACUGCCAUCUUUCACUAUACUCCUAUGGUGACAACAGGCCAGGACCACGAACCUUUGGCAAGGAUGUGGCCCUGACCUCCCAGACUUUCUUCCAGCCCAGCCCCAUAGCCAUCCUUGAGGGAAGAAACUGAAAAAGAGACCCACGUUCGGCAUCACCAUAAGCAACCACUGCUGACCAACUGCCACUAACAGAUAGACACAAGAUCCCUGAGGGUGGCAGUACUGCUGUCCCCACACUGUGCCCUGCCAAUCUCUCCCCCCCACUGGUCUGCUUCCAACCCAGACUUUUUAUCCACUGUCCAAGGAAGCAAGCCCUGUGCAAAGGGGGUCAGCUAUCCCUACCAGCUGUCACUCACUGGCCAGGCAAGCCAGCUCGGCCGAAGUAAGAAGGAGCCCUGAGGGAGAAAAAAGUCAAGCCUACACCACCUAGGAUACUGCUCACCCCCAUCUUCCUCAGACCCUGAUGAAGACAGCCCAGGACCUCGAGCCCAGCCUUGGAAAUCCCAAUACUUCCAGCACAGCACCCAUGUGAUGGUCAUCACGGGAAACCGCAGCCUAGCAACAAAGCACUCCCUUGGGUGCUACAAGACCCAGAAAGAAAGCUUCUGUCACUAAAGUCCUUGCUACUGCACAACGGCUCAACAUCAGACACUGGCGUGAUUGUUGUCACUGGAAAUGGCAUAAAAAAGAGGCAUUAGCCCCUGCUUUGGGGCUGCACCCUAAGGAGCAUGGGACUUUUCCAUCCGACCUCCAGUAUGCCUCAUCUCCUCCAUUAGCGUGUGAGCUCUUGAGGGCAGGGACUAUCUUCCUUUUCUAUUUGUAUCUCCAGCACUUAGCUUUGCAUAUAGCAGGCGCUUAA